AUGAAACCUACUACGAAUACGAACACCAAUCCACAUGCACAGUUAGUCGGGUAUAUACAGCAAGUGGCAUUGGCACUUAAUUUUAAAGAUGGUGUAAAAUUGGGACUAUGCUUGACGAUAAGCCCGGGCCAGAAUGAGGGUAUAAGAAGGGCUAAUUAUCUAGAACCAAGUGAGUUUGAUUUGUUUCUUUUGCCAGAGGUAUACAGGGAGGUAGUUAGAGCCCAUCUUAGGUUGAUGAGGUGUGUUUAUCUCAAGAAGGAUAUUAGCAAAGCUUUUGAUGCAUUAAAUGAUUUGGUUGGUCAUCUCAUACGUGCGGCCAAUACUGAGACUAACUGGAUCAAUACAGCACUAAUAAACGCGUGUACCGAACUAAUUACAGUGUAUAAGGUCAAGCAACAAACAAAUCCUGAGGAAGAGUCAAUUGAAUUUCAAGAUUUGGAAAUGGAUAUGCCACAACUAUCUUCUCUCGAGGAACUAGCAAAUACAAUCAACAAGGCUUUCAAAUUGUCUCUCAAUGAUAAAAACUUGGAUUUAAAGUUAAGUAAAAGAGUUGAUCUAUACUUCUUUUUGGGAGCUUUAAUUCAGGUAUAUUUCAAAUUGGGUAAACUAGAAUUGGCAAAAUCCGUGGAGAAGGUUAUAAAGAACACAAGGUUUCAGUUACCUGAGCUCAACGGAAUUCUGCCUAGUAAGAAGUACGCAGUUUCCUAUCUCUACUAUAGUGCUUUACUUUCUUUGGAUGAUGCUGACUUCAACAACAGUGAGGAAAAGUUGAUGAAGGCAUUGGACGUUCUCACCUACUACAAAGAAAACAAAACAAAGCAGACUGAAAAGAUUUUACUCAUUCUCUUACCAUUACGGCUAUACAACAAACGUCUAACCCCUAAGGAAGUGGUUUGGAACGAAUAUCCUAUUUUGAGAUACAUUUACAAGGACAGUAUUUUUGAAGCAAUACGGAGAGGUAACCUAUUUAAUUUUGAGGCAUCAAUAAAAAAAUUCGAAGUUUUGUUGCUCAAGAAGCAUUUAUACCUUUUGGUUGAACGCUUGAAGGGAUUAUGUUACCUAAGACUCAUUCAUAAAACUGUAUUAUAUUUUCAGUCGCUACAUCCAGACUCUAAAACGAACCAUAUUAUAGAUUUAAGUGCAUUUCAAAUUGCAUUAGAAUGUUCCUCUAGCGAUGGAACUAUGAAAAAAGGACUAGGUGAUCGUAGUUUUCGUUACCCUAUUGAAGAGAUUGAAUGUGUUCUCGCGAAUUUCAUAAGCAGCUCUAAGAUAAAAGGCUACAUCUCUCAUAGCAACCGUUGUAUUGUACUAUCGAAGCAAAAUGCUUUUCCUAAUGAGUUUACAAACUCUUAUUAG